UGAUUGUGGUGAUGCUUUCAAAUCAUUCAUCAUUGUAAUUGCCACUCAUCAUCAACUAACUCAUCGACGCGAUGAAGCCCAACCAAGGCUAGUAGAUCUACUCUAUCUCGAGUAUUCAUUCAUUCAUUCGUCAGCAGAUGGAGGGAAGUUUAAAGCAUUUCGGACGAUGAAAGAUUAGAUUGUCAAGAGUCUACUAAUCUAUCGAACGGCUCUCACGCUCCCAUACAUCCCUUGAUUAUCAGACUACUAGUGCGGUACUUUCAGGAUGGCAGACGAAAGCGGUCAAUCCAACUGGCCACUGUACCGUAUAUCCGAGCCACAUGAGCAGAACGAUGUUCUCUUGUGCCUGCCAGAGUCGCAUCGCCGUACAAACAGGAAGGCUCCCGACGAAGAAGCAGAAGAAAAUGAGUCGCCCAUUCCUUGCUGGAGAAGUCACACAUUAUUUACGGGAGGCCCACAACACGACAAUCAUCAUCUACUGGCAAGUCUUCAAGGCAACCAACGCUUCAUGGAGUUGCUGAUGCGACAUUUAGGAGACUACGAGCAACGGAGCAAAAUGGAAAAGGCGCUAGUGACAGUGACAGUGUUGCAGGAAUGGCGGAAUCAGAAUCCUCCUGGACGCUUUUUGGUGGUCGAGGGGGAGACCAAAUUUCCUCUCUGGAAGGAUGUCGGCGACAAAAAGGCACGUUCCAAGAUUAGCAAAGCCUUCAAAUAUCUCAGCAAGACCCACGGAUGUGUCAGUGACAUUGUGGGAUCCACAAAACGAGAAAAAGAGGAUUGUGACGACAAGACACCCAAGAAGAAAAACACACCUACAUGCACUGAGAGCAGUGCUACUACAUGUAGUACGCAAUUCGACACACUAAUAAGACAACAACAAAAGGAAAAUGAAGCAGCCAACAAUACAACUCUGCAACCAUCCUCCAAACCUCCCGCUACCAGUAUUUCUAUAUCCUCAAUUACAACAACAACUAGCACGUCCUCCAAUAAUAAUGACUUGCUGCAUAGGCGGGCUACAAUAAGCUUGGACGAGGAAACCAAGACGGAACCUCCCGCAAUGCUUUCCGUGGCCAACAUUGUACGGCGAGUGACGGAAAGCGAAGAAGCGAAACGGGCGGCUCUCCUUGGACAACCACCACCGCGUCUUCCUGCCCGGUUUAAAAAGCCACAAAAGUAUACCAGGAGAAUCUCGGAACAGUUACACUCUGCCCAAAAAGAAGGAGGAAGCGUCUAUGGGAGAUGGAAAGAGCGAGAUCAGUUGACAACCAUUUACGCACGGCAAAAGCAGCAACGGGAACUAUAUCAAAAGGAGGGACCGUCCGCUUCUUGUAAGAUUGACGUAGUACUCAUUGAAGGAUCCAUGGGUGUGGGCAAGACAACACUGGCCCAGACUCUGAGGCACCCAUUGCUCGAAGAAGAUCAAAACGACACUGGAGAAGACAAUUGCAAGGAAGAUCGGCCAUUCUUCUUCUUUUUCAAGUCGGAACCAAUCCAGUGGACGGAUCCGACGGCGUUCUUUGCGGCAAUUGUCACAGAUUUUUGCGAGCAAUUGAUAGAACGGGAAGAUCGCAAGAUGACACAGCGGUACCGCGAUGCGCUGAUUGAGGCAUUGAAAGAAGAUGUAACUCUACUGUCCAAUCUAUCGCCUGCUUUGGAUGCUCUGUUGACAAAGAAGAGUUGGGCUUCGGGUAGCAAGGUCAAUACCAUGGACGAGAGCGAAACCAUGCCCAUCAAGGAAGAAUCGCAGCAAGAAACUUACGCCUGUAUGGCCAUGCAACGACUGAAAGAAGUGUUUGGUCUCUUUCUACAGACGAUUGCUUCCGUUGAUCCAGAACAGUCGACUAUUUUGCUUUGGGACGACAGUCAUUGGAUGAGCGAAGAGGCCAUAAACCUUCUCUUGUACCUCGUCACAGACCCAGCCAACGCUGGGAUUUUGUUCUUGGGAACGUACCGCGAAGACGAAGCUGACGAUGCUCGUUUCAAAAGGUCUUGGCGACUGUCAAACACUAACCCCAAUCUCAACAUCACCGAGAUACACUUGGAUAAUCUCGAAGAGGAUAGUGUUCAUUGCAUGCUGGCGGACGCGUUGUCGUUACCUGAAGAAGAAACCCGGUCAUUGAAGAACGUGGUGUGCAGAUUGACGAAAGGAAACCCCACAUUCAUCAAGGAGCUACUGCGACUCUUUCAAGAAGAAUGUGUUUUGCAAUUUGACGACUCGACACAGCAAUGGACCUUCGAUUUUGAAAAGAUCCCAUUGACACUGGGGAAUAUUCACAGUGUCCCCGACCUCUUCAAAGCCAAGGUCUUGGCUCUUCCAGACAACAUUCAAGAGACUCUGAAGAUCGCCGCUUGUCUCAUGACCUUUCGCGUCGAUGAAUCUUUGCUGAAAAUGAUCGACACUGUGGGUUCGGUGGAAGCACACCUCAAGUUUGCCGACAUUCGUGGAUUGCUUACCUACCGCAAUGGAGUUUAUUGGUUUGCCAGUGAUGGCGUCAAGCAAGCUAUCUAUGACUUGAUCCCGGAAUUGGAACGUCCAGCCUACCACCUUCGAAUUGGCCAACGCCUCUGGCUGCACUUGGAGGAUCAGCAAAAUAGCUUUUUCUACUCUACGUUGAUGUUUCAAAUGAUGUUGGGAGAUACAAUGAUUUCCAAAGAAGAGGACCGCCGUGCCGUAGCUUGGCUAUGCCUUGACGCUGGACAGAAAGCCGCAAAGUAUCUCGGCUUUCAAACCAGUUGGAGAUGCUUGUCGUACGGUAUUAAAAUUGUGGCUGCCCAAAAGACCUGGGGCAGAGACAAUUAUGACCUGAGUCUGAGUCUCUUUAAUACAGCAAUUGAAGUCUGCUACGCUAAUGGAGAGUUUUCCCAGCUGGACGAUCUCCUUAAGCAGGUGCUGGAGAACGCGAGGACUUUUGAGGACAGCUUGCUGGCUAGGUCAACAAUGAUCUAUUAUUUGGGCACCCGAAACAGACAGCUGGAAGCGAUAGAUAUGGGCCUUGCGACUUUGAAGUUGCUGGGAGAAACAUUCCCAUCUACGAAGCCGCCACUGUGGCGUGUCUACUGGGAUGCUCAUCGGUUAAAAUCCAUGCUGAAGGGAAAAUCUGAUGAUUUCAUACUACAAAUGUCGAGGAUGAAGAAUGCUAGAAAGGUAGCCGCCAUGUCGAUUCUCAACCACGUCAUCUUGUACGCGGUUUACGCCAGGCCCAGGCUUUGUUCCCUCAUGGCUUUCCGAAUGGUGGAGCUGACAAUGAAACACGGCUUGAGUGCCUUAUCUUCAGUUGGGUUUGUUUUUUAUGGCGUGAUACUUUGCCGCUACGACCAGCCCGAUGAUGGUUUCCGUUACGGCGAACUUGGCGUUAGAAUAAGCAAUCAUUGGAAAAAGGCGGUAUGGGUUUGUCGAAGUUUGUGCGGCUUCUAUGGUUCAAUCUACAGUCGAAAGUUUCCCAUCCGAGGUGCUAUGGAACCCCUCCGUACAGCUGAAAAAGCCGGGAUGAGAGCUGGCGACGUAGAAUAUGCCAUGCUUUGUGCUUGUCUGCUUUGCUGGAAUUUCUCGGAGCUUAUGUCAUUACCCGCGCUGGAAAAUGAGCUUCGGAGACUUGGUGGGAGAGUUGAGUUCUACGGCCAGAAGCUGUCGCUUGUGAUGAUCAAACCGCUAUGGCAGAUGACUUUGAAUCUCAUGGGCCAGGCCAAGGAUCCAGCCUUGUUGAAAGGAGAGCUCGUAGAUGAACAUGUGGAGCAAGCCAGAAAUGGAGCAAAUCCAUACUUCAUGCAUUGGAUGAGAUUCUUCCAAAUGAAGGUUUCGUACUUCCUGGGGGACUACGACAGAGCUUACGAGUACUCCGACUCUGCUCGCUACAUCUACAUGGACUCGAGUGGCGCUAUGGACGGAAUAUAUACCAUGUUUUAUGAAUGCAUGGUUCUGUUGGCCCAAGCACGAAGAGGCAAACGGCGCUAUCGCAGCAUCCUACACGCCCGACGAUGUUUGAAACGUCUCCAGGAUUGGGCCUACCACUCCCCUGUCAACUUUCUGGGGAAGUCAAUCCUGUUGGAAGCAGAAAUUGCCUGGUUGCGGGGGGACCGCCGAAAGGCGUACGAAAGGUAUCGUUCGUCCAUAUGGCACAGCCAGAAAGGAGGGUUUAUCACAGAAGAAGCGUUGGCGUAUGAGCAACUGGGACGAUGCGUUCUCGAGAAGGAACCUGAAGCUGCUGUUCCCCAUUUGAAAUCGGCCAAACAGCUGUAUGAGAAAUGGGGAGCAUCUGUGAUAGUGAAGCGUCUUGAAGAAGAGUUUUGUGAAUUGCUAGGACACGCAUAGAGAAUGUACAUAUCCAGCUACGGGGAGCUGUAGCUUUGAUGCUUCUCUAGUAGCUAGCCACAUUGUAUCGGUUCCUAGCUACGUUAGGCAAGAGUGUGUUUCUGUGAAGUAUUAUUGUGUUUAAAGAGCUUAGCAGGCCUAGCUUCUAGUAGUACGUUACAUUUAUUUGUGCUGAAUC